CUUCAAACAGACGUUUGCUUUCAGCUCCGAGCUGCUCUCAGUGUGAAGGGAACACCUGCAUGGACACCUGACUGCAGAUACCUGCGUACCUGGGAUGGAUCAUCUCAACUCUACCCAGCUCUCCUCAAACCAGUCAGACAACAGCAGCUUCUUCACCAAACAAGUCCUCCCCCCACUCUACUGCAUCAUCUUCCUGGUGGGCUUGUCUCUGAAUGUCAUGGCGUCCUGGAUCUUCUUCAGGGUACCUGGGGACUCCGGUCUGGUGGUCUACCUGAAGAACAUGGCAGUGGCCGACCUCCUCAUGUUGUCCACCUUCCCCUUCAAGGUGGCGGCUGAUCUGGACUUUGGUGGCUGGCACCUCCGUAUGAUCACCUGCCGCUACACCGGUGUGCUCUUCUACUUCUCCAUGUAUGUGGGAAUCCUCUUCAUCUGUUUCAUCAGCCUUGAACGCUACGUGAAGGUUGUCCACCACUCCCCCUCCUCCAGCUCUCCCUCCACUUGCAGGUCUAGGUUGAGUGGGGUGUCCUCGCUGCAUUUCAUGCAGAACGCCACCUUUGCCCGGUUGUUUGCGAUCUUCACCUGGGGCCUCCUUCUCCUCAUCUCCCUGCCCAAUGUCAUGCUAACAAGCCUGCCGGCUGACCAGCAGACCAACCGGAGCUGCAUGGAGCUGAAGACGCCGCUAGGGAAGCAGUGGCACAAGAUGUCUACUAUCUUCAAUGUGUCCCUGUUCUGGGUGACACUGCUCGUCCUGGCCUAUUGCUACACCUCCAUCUCCCGCUAUGUGUACAAGUCGUACCGCCGUGUGCAACGUGACAACAGCGACGUCUGCCGCAAGUCCAACCGCAGCAUCUUCAGCAUCCUAGCAGUGUUCUUCAUCUGCUUCGUACCGUAUCACGUCUGCCGCGUGCCGUACACGCUGAGUCAGAUGUCAGCAACCCACUUCAGCUCAGGCGCUCACUUCCUACUGUUCCAGAUUAAGGAGGGGGCCAUCUUCCUGUCGGCUCUCAACGUCUGCCUCGACCCGAUCAUCUACUUCCUGAUGUGUCGAACCUUCAGAGAGUCGCUGCUGAGGAAACUGUCUAGAAGACAGAGGAGGAGGUCCCUGACCACCGCCCAGAGUUCAACCAACAUCUAGAGGGAGUGGAAAGAGGAGACUGAGGAGAAAGGACAGAGGAGGCUGGAGACAAGGAGUAAGGAGACAGGAGGAAAGAAGUGUGACAGCGGGGUGAAAGCGGGCUGUGAUGGUCGGAUAUCAAACCUGCAACAGACUGACUGCUACAGGGUUAUCAUCAGUCUUAUUUAAUCUGAUUUGGCUUUCCUGCUCUGAGAUCACGAGUGGGUUCACUGAAGCUCAACCACAGGAAGAACCUCAAUAAACAUCCUGAGCAGAGUUAUUUUGUAUAAUGUCUAAAGAGAA